AAUUUCCAGCCAAUGAUCAGUAGGUGUCCGCAUCUCCGCGUCCUCACCUCAGCACCAAUCAGCCACACGCAGCGACAGGCAACUAGCGGCGACGGCGGCGGUGGCGGAGCGAGCAGGCAGGCAGGCAGUCGGCGAGACGCGCGCAUUCACACUCCACAAAGCUCGGGAUCAGGACGCACAGCAACUCCCACUCCUCCAACCAGCACGUCAUUAUUGUGAGGGGGGGAGGGGGAAAAAAACACCGUUUAUGCGUGCACUUUUUUUUUUUGCUAACAAAGUCGCUACCAACUAAAAAGAUGGCUCUUUUGUUUUGAGCGCCUUUUGGAGUCCGCGCGUCUCUUUCUUGGAUUUUUUUUGUCUUCUUCUACCGCCUGCAAGCCGCGCUCCACGCAUCUCUCAGCGGUAAUGUGCCUGUGCACAGCCGCAGGCUGCUAGCGCCUCAGGAGCUCCGCUCAACGGGAACCUGGUAGAACCGGACCGGAUAGUUCAGGAUGGUACCCGGCUGUCGGUAAGCAUCUGGAGUUUCGACAAAGGCCGGAGUCACCUCAGCCGGACCCCCGCUUCGUCCUUAAACGCCGACAAGCCCUCGUCAGCCAUGGCUAACCUAAGCAGCGCGCUUUGCAUCGAAAACGGACAAAACGCGGACGUGUCGCUUUUACAAAAGGAUAAUCUCCAGGACGGUGGAUUAAGCCAGCUUUUGGAUUAUAACGCCGAAAUGGAAAGGUACCGAUCUUUUGCCAACUUUUACAAAACCAACGGGGCGUUCCCACAAGCGGCCAAGAUCGCCCGCAUCACGACGCCCAUUUUCCCCAGCGCCAGGAUUGGCAUGUCCCCUUGGAACUGCGAUAACGCCAUGCUUUGGGGGAGGAAAUCAGCGGCAAUAAACCCUAAUAGGACCGGCAUGCAUAGAAAUGACUCCCAGAGGCCGGGUAAGCCUGGCGUGCCGCCAGAGACGCUGCAAAUGGCAAAUAAUAAUUUCCUCUCUACCUUAUCCCCCGAACACUGCAGACCUUUAGCGGGAGAAUGCAUGAACAAGCUGAAAUGCGGCGGCGCCGAAGCAGAGAUAAUGAAUCUCCCCGAACGCGUUGGAACUUUUUCAGCUAUUCCGGCUUUAGGGGGCAUCUCAUUACCUCCCGGGGUCAUCGUCAUGACAGCCCUUCACUCCCCCGCAGCCUCGGCAGCCGUUACAGACAGUGCGUUUCAAAUUGCCAAUCUGGCAGACUGCCCACAGAAUAAUUCCUCGGCAUCCAGUGGAAACCCGGCAAAGAAGAAGAGGAAAAGGUGCGGGGUCUGCGCGCCCUGCAGGCGGUUAAUCAACUGCGGCGUCUGCAGCAGUUGUCGGAACCGCAAAACGGGCCACCAGAUCUGCAAGUUCAGGAAAUGCGAGGAGCUGAAGAAGAAGCCCGGCUCGUCGCUGGAGAGGACGCCGGUCACUAAUGGCGAAGCAUUCCGGUGGUUCUUCUAGAAACGCCAGCCGCCGUCAUCCAUCAACCGACAGGAGGUCACGAUGGACCGUGGACCGUCUGCUCGGAGCACGUGACCCAAAGCGCCCCCAAAACGCACGCACACACACAACACACAGACACACACGGACCCGAGGGCGGAAUACAAAGCGGACAUACCUGACGGGACGGAGAAUUUGACAAAAACAUACUGGAUGUUGUUUCUUUUCGGUGUAAUUAUUGUACCUUUUGACAGUAUCAUAAUGUAUAUUUUUGGUGUCUUAUGAAUGUGUUUUCAGUGUUGGCGGCCGGGCGGGAAUGGACCGCCGCCGCCACCGAGUUUGUGUAAAGAAAGAACUGGAAAAAGGACAAUCUUUUUGGAACCACACAGAAGCCGUCCCGACGGGAGGACAUUUGGAUUGAUAAUAAACGCAACACACUUUACUCUGGAGCAAUAAUUAUUCAACCUUCUUUUUCUCCCCAUUUCGCUUUUUUCACUUCCCAGGAAACAUCCGGAAGCCAUUUCAGCAUCAACAUUUUUUUUUUUGUCUCGGUGAGGCAAGAAAGCCCCCCCCCCCUUCCGUUUUUUCUUUAGAUUUGUGAUGACUCGCUACAAUACAGGGCACAUUGUCUUGUGUGGUGGGUUGCACUUUAAAAAAAAAAAAAAACUUGAGCAUUUAUGUCAUUGGAGGGGAUCGUGAUGGAAGAGUUUGGAGGUGUAUUUUAAAAAAAAAUAGGAUGGAUGUCAGCGACGGUAUUGUCAUGAAACCCUUUCCUCUUUGACACCAAUGAAAGUACACUUAUACAUAUUGAACAUAUCAGGUGUUGUUCUGGAGCUGUGGGGGGUGAGGGGGGGUCGCGCCGCUAUCCCCCCCUUAAAAAUGAUCCUGUAAGGCUGGAUUCACACUGCUGGUCCAAGUGCACAAUUCCGAUUUCAAGUCGAUAAUCCUGAUUUUUUUUUUUUUUUCCUUCAACUGACUUUUACCCAAUAUGGCCUGAUGGGACAUGAAACAAGACGCCCAAAUUGCAGGAAAAUAACUUUGCAAGGAUCAACAUAAGUAACCAAUAAUUGAUCAAAACAUAUUUAACUGAAUUGAAUAUAUUCAGAUAGCAUAUUAGGAUUGUAUGCAAAAUGAAAUAAUCUUUGUAAGUUUCACCUGAGUUGUUAGUGAAGGUCUUUUUUUUUUUUAUAUAAGCGUAAUGUCCGGUGAGUUGGCAAUAUUUUAUUAUUAGUUUGUAAUAUGUUUCAGUUUUGAACCAUUGACAGUUUUAAAAAGGUGUGUUUCGAUGACGAGAGAUUUUAUAUGAAAUCUGUGCGUUCACACUGCACUCAAACCAGAUUGUCCCCGAUAUGCAUCAUCUGACUCCUGGCAGUUUGUUUUUUUAGCUAUCAUGAUGCAUUCUCGAAUUUUGCCACAAAUCGGAAUUGUCCCCCAUCGUGUGAAACCAGCCUCGGUUCCUCAUUGUCCUGACCCCUGUUGUUGCAUGUGCAGAUGUGUUUUUUCCGUUUUAAAAACGACUUCAGAAUUUGUAUAUUGUUGUUGUGAUGCUUUUAUGUGUUCUAAUAAAAUAACUUCAAGUA